AUGGAGAGGCUCGAGCAAAUUAAAACGGUGGCCAAUAACCUCAAAACGAGCUCAACAAAGGCCAUCAAAGCGUUACAUAAAUUCAUUUUCGAGCAAGAAGGUGAUAGAGGCAACAGGAAGCGGUUGCGUGAAUUCAAGGGCUUCCCAUUCGCCAGUGAUUCAGAUGAGUAUCGAUCAAAAAUAGCAUUCGUGGAAGGUAAUCUUAGUUGGGGAGAUUUAAUCUCUGUAUGCAAUAUUUUAGCUAUAGAUUACUCUGGGACAAAGAAAGAAUUGAAUCAGCGCAUAUGUAGCUGCUUAGUAGAUCUCAAUUCACUUAACGAUGCUAUUAGGCCGGAUGGAGAAGAAAGUGAUAAGGACGAUGACGAGCAGGACGAAGAACAAAGCGACGAUGAGGAUGCAAAACGACAAAGAAAACGCAUAGGAAGCAAUAAAGAAGUAAGACAGACAAGAGAAGAAAUAGAAGACGAAGAAGAGGAGGACAAUGAGACUGAAGACGAAGACGAAAAUAAAGAUAAAAAAAAAGACGAGCGAUCGGUAAUAGUGGAAGCUAGAAAGGUAAGCACAAAGUUUACAAUGACCUUCAGAGAUGUCGAAGAUUCGAUACGGCAUUUCAAUGGAGACGAGAAAUAUCCGGUGGAACGUUGGAUAAUGGAUAUCGAGGAAUCCGCUGAAUUAUUCGGAUGGACUGAUAUUCAGAGGUUAAUAUUUGCCAAAAAAUCGUUGACAGGCUUAGCGAAACUGUUUAUUCAGGGAGAAAGAGGCAUAACGUCAUGGAAUAAAUUAGGGCAAGCGCUUAAAGAUGAAUUUAGUCAUAAAAUGAAUAGUGCCGAAUUAAACAAGCUGUUGAUCAUAAAGGAGAUAGCUAAUAGAGGUGAAAUUGAAGACGAGGCACCUUACUAUUACGUUAUCGAUGGCAUAGAUGACGGCGAUAUUGCAAAUAAAAGUAUUAUGUACGGAGCAAAGAACACAAAGGACUUUAAAGAGAAAUUAAAGAUAUACGAAAGAAUGAAAACAAAGAUCUCAAGUUCCAGUAAACCUCUGAGUACGGCUGUAAAUAAGAAGGCGAAACCAAAAGAUGAUGUUCGUUGCUACAACUGCGGAGCCAGGGGCCACAGGUCAACUGAGUGUGAGUCCAAAAGCAAAAGCGUAAAGUGCUUCAAUUGCAACGAGUUUGGACACAAGGCUCCCGAAUGUAAAAAAGAAAAAAUAAAGAAGAAGAAAGAAGAAGAAGCACCGACAAGAACCGAGCCUGUGAAUAGCCUGGGUACCCCAAGAAGUAUGUACAAGACGAUCAAGAUACGGAACAAGCAGUUGAAUGCUUUGAUUGACACUGGCAGUCAAUUUAACAUUAUUAACGAUAAUUCGUACAAAACAGUCGGAUCACCUCCAUUGUCCAGAACUACAUUGCGUUUUUCAGGAUUUGGAAGAAAUGAAGUAGAGCCUAUGGGAUACCUUGAGGAAGAAAUCUUAAUUGAUAAUGAAUCUUUUCAAGUAAGUAUAUAUGUAGUAUCAAAUGACGUCAUGACUAUGGAAGCUGUAAUAGGAAACGAGUUGCUAACGCAAGCCGAGCUCAUGAUUAAGCAAAACGGCAUCAUCAUUAAGAAGAUACACAAAUCAGACUUAAUGCACUUACCCAGCUAUAUCAUAGAAGAAAGUCUUCCAGACACCGCGCAUAUUGCUCGCAAAGAAGUAAGGAAAGAGGUGGAGCGCCUACUUGGAGAUUAUCGACCCGAGAAAACGAAGGACGCCAGUGUUGAAAUGGCGAUUAAUGUCAAAGACAACCGGAAGAUUUUUGCGAGACCGAGGCGUUUACCGGUGCCGGAAAGAAAGAUCGUAGAAGAAAAAGUGGAGCAAUGGAUUAAAGAAGGAAUCGUAGAGCCAUGCUCAUCUGAGUACCCCAGUCCAGUGGUGAUAGUACGAAAGCGAGACGGGACGCCAAGAGUAUGUAUGGACUUCCGAGCGAUAAAUGAGAUAGUGGAUAAAGAUCGGCAUCCGCUUCCCUUAAUCGAAGAUAUACUGGAUAGAUUGCAAAAGGCACGCGUGUUCAGUACCAUUGACCUCAGGAACGGAUACUUCCAUGUACGUGUGAAGAAAGAUGCCCGGAAAUACACAUCAUUCGUGACGCAUAAUGGUCAGUACGAAUUCUUGAGAGUACCAUUUGGCUUUUGCAACUCAGCGGCGGUGUUUUAG